AUUUGCUGUUGUUGUCAGGUGAUGCUCUUUUCGCGACUGUUUACCAGACUAAGAAGCAGCUGCUUCUUUAAAUAUCGUGGCCGAGAAGCCUCUGAGAGGCGUAGCCGCACCGCCUCCUUUUUCUGGCUGCAAGAUCCUUGGCUGCGCUCUCAGGCACUUCACCGUAUGACCACUAUUAGGCAACACAUCCCAGCCCCGUAUGCGCAUGUGUUUGUAUUUUUUGAUGGGAACAACUAAAGUGACAAGCGGACAGAUUCGUCGCUCAGUUACUUUCUCUCAUUUUUUUGUGUAAAGCCGCUGACAAAGAAAAACAAGCAAAUCUGGUAUCUUAUAGCGUUUUGUUUUACUUUCUUUCCCGAAAAGUCCUAAGAUUGUUCACCUGAGAACCUCUGAAUAAAGAGCUUAUAGAAUCGUGUCUAUUCAGCAAGGCUGGAACUGUCCAGGGAUAGCAAAGGAAAAUCCGAAUUGUUCUCCGAGCGCAAGGCAACUACACGUGCAGGUGAACCCGGGACGUGGGAAGUUUAAAACUAAAGCCCGCGCCGAGCAGAACAAGCUUCCUUCACCUCAUGGACUGCUGAUAGAUAAGUGUCUAGAAGCAAUAAAAGGAGCAUGGUAAAGCACCAACCUUUACAAGUUUACGAGCCGCAGUUAUGUUUGUCAUGCUUGACAGGAAUCUAUGGAUGCCGCUGGAAAAGGUAUCAGCGGUCACAUGACGACACAACUAAGUGGGAGCUUGUAUGGUUCCUAAUUCUCUGCUCAACAUUCUCUCUGUUAUUUCUAUGGCUUUAUUUUUGGGUGGAAGUGCAAAAUGACUAUGAUGACUUUAACUGGUUUCUGUAUAAUAGGACAGGCUCUUGGAGUGACUGGUCAAUUCCAGUACUCAUAGCAACGGCAGCAAGCUUUACAUACAUUGCUUUUUUAUUGGUGUUAGCAUUAUGUCACAUAGCUGUAGGUCAACAGCUCAAUUUGCACUGGUUACACAAGAUUGGAGUCACAGCUACCCUUAUAACAACUCUAAUAGCACUGGUGUCUGUGGAGCAACUCUGGAAGGAGGAGUGGGACAUUUUACUUAUAUCAUUCCAAGCCACAGGUCCUUUUUUGCAUAUGGGAGCUGUAGCUGCAGCUACGAUACUGGCCUGGUUAGUAGCUGGCCAGUUUGCGCGAGCAGAGAAAACUAUGUUUCAGGCGAUUUUACUCAUCACAUAUCUAGGAAUUUUAGUAUCACUGUACCUGGUACCCCUCACCAUCACAUCACCAUGUUUAAUGGAGAAGAAAAAUCUUGGACCAAGACCUACAAUCUUUGGCCAUAGGGGAGCACCAAUGCUUGCUCCAGAAAAUACUUUGAUGUCAUUCCAAAAAGCAGUUGAACUGAAAGUGAGUGGACUUCAAAGUGACGUUCAAAUCAGUCACGAUGGCAUCCCAUUCCUAAUGCAUGAUAGAACUCUAAGGAGGACAACAAAUGUUGGCAAAGUGUUUCCACACAGAACAGGAGAAGCCUCUUCCAUGUUCAACUGGACCGACCUGCAGUCUCUUAAUGCAGGAGAGUGGUUUAUUAAGGAUGAUCCAUUUUGGACAGUCUCAUCUCUCUCGGAAAUGGAUUAUACUCAAGUUGGCAACCAAUCUAUUUGUAGUCUAAGUGAAAUGCUGCAGCUUGCAAUAGACCACAACAAAUCAGUCAUAUUUAGUCUGUGGAGACCACCACCAGAGCAUCCAUUUUUUGAGAACUGGAUCAAUGUUACCCUGGAAACCAUUCUUCAGUCUGGUAUACGGCAAGAACUUAUAAUGUGGACAUCUGAAAUGGACAGAGCAAUGGUACAGCAAAUUGCUCCAGGUUUCCGACAGAUCUCUGAAGUUAAGGAAAAUAUAAGAGAACUUCUAAGGAAAGGCAUUUUUACAUUGAACCUUAGAUACAACCAGAUCAAAGCAGAAGAAAUAAGGGAAUUUUCAACAUUGAAUUUCAGCAUCAAUCUCUUUACUGUAAAUGAACCUUGGCUCUAUUCAGUGCUCUGGUGUAGUGGAGUACAGUCUGUAACCUCAAAUGCGCCACAGAUCCUAGAUAAGGUGCCUUAUCCAAUAUGGCUUAUGCCACCAGAUGAAUACUACUGGAUCUGGAUAAUUUUGGACCUCAUUUCUUUUAUUAUAGUAAUAGGAAUUUUUGUACUACAGAACUAUCACAUAAUCAGAUAUCGCCUGGGAAAUAUAAGAAGUUACAAUCCUGAGCAAAUCAUGCUUAGUGCUGCCGUCCAUAGAUCUAGUCGUGACGUGAAUGUCAUGAAGGAAAAACUCAUCUUCUCAGAAAUAAACAAUGGAGUGGGCAGUGCAGAAGAAGUAUCAUUGUGUUCUGAAAAUGGAUAUGAUGGCUACAGCAAUGAAGUGGUUACUCCCAUUGAUUCUCACAGCCGGAAGAUACGAGUUAACUAAUCAGAAAAAUCAUUUCAUGUUCAAACGCAAUUUUUGUUUUGUCCAUAACCUGUAUGCACUACAAAAUGAAGGUUUUUUUUUCCCUUUAUCUCCAUCUACUGAACUUCUUGAGACUCUGGUCACAAGCAGAUCUGCGCUGUUGUCUUUACUGUGCACUGUUCAUGUUUUUUUUAAAUCCUACCUUUUCUGUAAUGUAGACUUAGCAUCUGAAAACUGCAUUGUGUAAUUUGAUAGAAAACGUUUGAAAUCUAAGAAGAUGGUCUUUCCAAAUAAGUUAUCAAUGGAAUAACCUCCUUGCCAAUAAGUAAUUUUUUUUUUUUGCAUUGGUAACAGAGGUGUAAGCUUUUUAUUUUUCAUGCCUUAAGAGUGACGGAUUGAAAGCUAAAAUGCCAUCUACUGUCAACAAUAUAGAGUAUUAAAUACAGUAAUUUAUUAUGCAAAAUAUGGUCUUAAAUAGAUUUGCAUAUUUUCAGAAAUGUUUUACUGUGAAUAAUAGUAUUGGUGACUUCUGUAAAAUAACAAAACCCUUUUCUGCAGUAUUGACAGCUAUCUGAUGUAUUGAGAGAAUGUGCAAAAUUUAAAUUUCUUUUGUCAGACAGGAAUUUGGGAUUUUGAUCCUUUUAUACACAUUCACAAGCUAUUUGUUAUUAAUCAAAAAGAAUAAUUAUCAAAAUUAGUCAAAAAGGUCAAUGGUCAUUCUCAAUGUAUAUUUGAAAAGUGUAAACCUGGUUAGUUUACAAGUGAAUGUUCACUGAAAUGAAGUGAAAUUAAUUUAUUUGUGCAGAAAUAAGCAUUAGUUUACCAUAUACAGUGUAAUAUAUGUGAAUUAUCUUGUUUUACUAUAAUUUAUUUUAUUUAUAUAUAGGUUGAAACAAUACUUAGAGCCAAGUUGGACUGCUUGAUGUAAUGCCCCUUUUCUCCACAUAGUGGCACCAUUUACCCCUUUUUUUAAACAAAUAUUGCCGAAUGGGGAUGUAUCCUUUUUUUAGUUUAGAAAAGAAAGUACCUGUUUUUUUAGCUAGAGCCAAUAUAAGUGAAAAUAUUUAAAAGAGCAUUGAUAACUGGGCUUAUCUCAAGUUAUGGUUAUAUAUGGUACAUUAAUUUUUUCAAAUAAUAAUAUUGCUCUUUUUAUUAUGAUCAUUGGAACAAAAGAUCACGCUAUAAGUAAAUGACAGAUAAAGCAUUUAUACAUUCAUUUUUAUAUUUCUUAUGUGGUUUUAACAUAAGAAGUCUACUGUUUAUUGAAUAUUCCCUUAACAUGUAAUGUUUUUUUUUUAUAUUAUUAUUAUUAUUGUCAGUUUUGAAAAUAUCCUCUCUGUUCGGUAGCUAUUUGUCUAAUCAAAAAAAUAAAAAAACAUUUUUUUUGCCAGACAAAAGAGAAGAGAUGCAAAUGAACAAUUAAUUAAAGCUUACAAAAAAUGCCAUUUCUUUUAAUAUUCUGUUAAUGCAUCUUGAUUGAAAAAAAAACUAACACUGUAUAAUUAUUACUGGCAUAAGUUAGGUACAGGCAGAAUCUGACGAGCCUUGCCAUCUUAUUGGCUGUUUAACUUUGGAAUGACUUGAUCUGAUCAGUUUGAUAUAUAUAUAUAUAUAUAUAUAUAUAUAUAUAUAUAUAUAUAUAUAUAUAUAUAUAUAAACUUCCUAUUACCUGAUCAAAUUUAUUGA